CUGCCCUCUCCCUCUUACACUCUGAUCCAACAUGCCAGCCAUACCCCAGUCCCAGACAAGCAACCCCCUCCGCCUCGCCGUGAUUAUCGGCCAUCGCCUCCCCGACCCAGAUGCCGCGCUGAUCCGUCAAUGCCUGAACUUCCUGAACGAACACACCUCCAUCGAAUGCCACACCACAACCAACGUCCCUAAACCCAUCCCUAGCACUGCUGUGACCAAUCUCUCCGACACAUCCGACGCGCUAUCAGCAAUCCAAACCCUCGCCCACGCCCUCUCCAAAACCGGACACCCAAGCGUCUCAGACGCACUGACCCAUGUCCUGCACCUCUGCACCGAGGACAUCGAGCUCGGCGGCCUAUCUUUAAGCCCUGACCGGCCCCUCUCCGACCCAGACCGCGAACAGAUCCGGUUCCUUCUCGACGCAUGGCUUCGAGCCAGUACGCACAUGGAUGUCCAGCUCGAUGCUGGAUCCCAGACCAGCCCCGACCACCCCAACCUCGCAGGAAGUGGCCCCCCAAUGACCCUCUCCGAGAAAAUCUUCACCCACCACUUGCUAGCAGGCAGUAACUCUACAGGCCUCAAAGCAGGAGACGUGAUCCGCGUUGAGGUCGAUUGGAUCCUCGCGUCCGAGUUAUCGUGGAUGGGCAUGCUCAAGACCAUUGAGGAGAUCGGCGCGAAGGAGAUCUGGCGGAAUGACCGGUUCUGGCUCGCGGCGGAUCAUCUCGUCGAUCCGCGGAAUAGACAUGAACCGAAGGUGAAGGAUUUGAUUGAGAAGUCCGAACGGGCGAAGAAGGUAUAUAGGUUGACAGAUUAUAAGGGGGAGAAUUUCACCAUCCUCCACACCGAGUUCGUACGCGAGAGAGCACAGCCGGGGAUGCUCGUCAUCGGAUCCGACUCGCAUAGCUGCUCAGCUGGGGCAGUGGGGUGUCUGGGUAUCGGGCUCGGGGCGGCGGAUGUAGCCAUGUCGUUGUUGACGGGGGUGUCGUGGUUCAAAGUUCCCGAGUCGAUUAAGGUCUGGCUUACUGGGGAGCCCGGGUUCGGGAUCGGGGGCAAGGAUGUCAUUCUGCAUAUCCUGGGGGAGUUGAAGCGGAAUACCGUUGCCGCGGAGAGGAUCGUCGAGUUCUGUGGGCCAGGGGCGAGGCAUCUUUCGUGUGAUGACCGGUUCGCUAUUUGUAAUAUGUGCACAGAAUUCGGCGCCAUCACCGGGCUAUUUGUCCCGGACCAGACGGUCAAGGGGUACAUUGACCGUCGAAAAACGAAACUCCACAAGACCUCAUCGCACUAUUUCCGUCCAGAUGAGAAGGCCAUAUACGCAGGAACAUACGAGAUGGAUCUCGGUCUGGUCCGGUCAUAUGUGGCCAUCUAUCCCUCGCCGGAUAACGUCGUGCCGGUGACCGACUGCAAAGCUAUGGACUUUGACGGAGUGUUCAUUGGAGCCUGCACCACGACAGAGGAGGACCUGAUCCUGGGUGCUCUGGUGCUUGAGAUAGGGCUACAGGAAAACCUCCCACUCCGCAACGGCAAACGACACGUCGUGUUCGGAUCACUCCCUAUCACCAAGCGAUUGCGCGAGCUGGGCAUCGUGGAGAUAUACAACCAGGCCGGCUUCACGCAGUCUGUCCCUGGAUGCAGUUUCUGCGUGGGGAUGGGCGCAGAUCGCGCAGGCAAGGGCGAGGUGUGGCUGUCGUCGCAGAACCGGAAUUUUAAGAAUCGGAUGGGGAAGGGCUCCUUCGGCAACCUCAGUUCCGCAGCCGUAGUCGCAGCCUCAAGUUUCUCCAUGUCCCUGACAGACCCAUCCUCGUUCCUGACCAAAAUCGACAAAGCACGAUAUUAUCUCCUCACCCGGAAGACAAACCCCCAGGACCGAACUAGCCAGCCAGCCAUCCUCUACACGGAACCUCAGAUCCACACCCAGCCAGAACGAGAACCAGAACCAGAAUCCUCUAACCCUACCCCUGUUCCCCCUCCCACCUCAACCCCAGAAACAUGGACCAUCACCAGCAAAGUCCACAACCUGGGCGACUUCAUUGACACAGACGCUCUCGCCCCAGCCGAAUACCUCGUCAGCUGUAGAACGCAAGAGGAAAUCGGCGCGCACUGCCUCGAGCACACGCAUCCGUAUUUCCGGGAUGCAGUCCGUUCCGGUCAGGGGAUUGUGGUUGCGGGCGAGGGGUUUGGAUGUGGUUCGUCUCGCGAGAAUGCGGUGGGGGCUUUACUCGGAACUGGCACCCAAGCCCUAAUCGCCAAAUCCUACUCAUUCAUCUUCGCGCGCAACCUCUCCAUCCUUGGCCUCCUGGGGAUCGUGAUCCGCGACGAGAGCUUCUACGCCGCGGUAGCCGAGAACGGGACGGAGGUGACGAUCAACGUGGAGCAGCGGGUGGUCAGCGUGGCUGGCCGGGAGGAGAAGUGGGGGUUCGUGUUGGAUGAGCUGGAAUUGGGGAUGAUGAGGGGGGGAGGGGUGCUGGGGGAUGUUUUUGGAGUUUAUGAGAGACACAGUACUGGUACCCAGGCUGAAGGGCAGGGGCUGGUGAGGGGGGGGAAGAAAGAAGUCGAUAUGCGGCUGGGGAAGGAGUUGCAGUGGUAGGUCUUGAAUAGUGAUCGUCUACUACCUCGAAGAUAGAUAGGUAGUGGUGAUGGUGGUGGAUAUGGGAAGGAAAUAACCCAGCCCUAACGGCAAUAUAUUUACUACUAGUACGUAGCUGUCCACAAGAUACAGACACAGAUACAUUGCAAUACACUACGC